CAACUCGGAAGUGAAUGAAAAUAAUGAGCAUUUGAUUAGAGAAACGCGCACGCACACGGAAAACAAAUUGCAAACGAUGUUCGCCUACAAUGCGCCGCAGUGCUUUGAGUUUGCCGAGGAUGAGGAGGACGACGAUGCGUCCUUUGACAGCGGCUACGAGAAGAGCUUUGAGACAGAAGCGCAGGCGAGCUCAAGACGCAGACUAGACUUUGAGGAGCAUUACAACAAUGCAGGCGGCGCAGCUGCAGCGGCGGCGACGGCGGCUACGACGCCGCUAGGCUGGCACGAUUCAGUUAGUCCGCCUGGCUUUGUAGGGCUGUUGGAUACGAGCAGCAAUCACAGCACACGCAGCGGACGCACCUUGGUGGAGCAUUUGAACAGUCGCGCCGCCAGCUUUGAUCCGCAGCUCACCAGCACGCCCAUGAAGUCGCCACCAGAUGCAGCAGAUGGCGCAACGCCGCGCAUGAAGCGCAAAUAUGCCGUCGGCAAAAAUCGCGUAACGCGUUCGCGCAGCCCCACGCAAGUGGUGCGCAUAAAGAAGGUGCGACGCAUGAAGGCGAAUGAUCGGGAGCGAACGCGCAUGCAUACGCUGAAUGAUGCGCUGGAGCGUCUGCGUGUGACGCUGCCCUCGCUGCCGGAGGAGACGAAGCUGACCAAGAUUGAGAUUCUACGCUUUGCUCACAACUACAUUUUUGCCUUGGAGCAGGUGCUCGAAAGCGGCGGCAGCAUUAAUCUUGAUCUGGAGAAGCUGCAGAACUUUACGCUAAGCGGCGAGCGCAUUACCAAAGAACUUUUCGAUGCGCUCUUCGUGAAUCCCCAAGCAUAUCCCAUGUUCAACUGCGGACGCAUGUUUCCAUAUCAGCAACAGCAACCAGAGCCGCCGCACUAUCAAAGCUUGGACUACCAGCCGCCUGGCUUUGAUCUUGGCAGCAGCAUGCGCUUCUAUCAGCAGCAGCAGCAACAGCAGCAGCUCAGUCAACAACAGGAACACUUCUCCCAGCAAAAAUACGAACUCUUCCGCAGCAACUUCGAGGCUGCUGCGCAGGAGCCCAACACUGGUCUGCAUCAGCACAGCAGCUUCUAUUCCCAAACGCCGCCUUGGAAGGAAUACCCAGAGGAACUACAACAACAACCACAACAACAACAGCUUAACUAUAAACAAUUUCAAGUGUAG